GUCGUCGGCCAGCGGGGUCUUGUGUGUGCCAUAUCUGUGCCGACCAGGCGAAGUAUGUAGGGGGGAUACGGCUCCGUUAUGGAAGGAAAUAAAGAAGAAAGCAAGCGUUGUAUUCAACUGGCACAAACGUACAUUGCACAGGGACACAAAGAAAAGGCGCUCAAGUUUCUUCGAAAAGCAGAACACCUGUACCCAUCAAAACUCGCUAAAGACCUCAUAGAACAGCUCCAAAAGCUUAACGGCACGACAAGCUGCGAUAGCAGCACACAAGGAAACAACCACCACAAUUCGCGCAGUGCGUCUCCUCAGGGGCCGCCUGGUUCACCAGGGGCACGGCAUCGAGCUCGGCCUGUGGGACGUGACACUUCUGAAGAGCGCCGAGCAAUAGAUUAUACCAAGGAGCAGCUGGAGGCAGUUCGAAGAACGAAGUUGUGCAAAGACUACUACGAGGUGCUCUGUGUGAAUCGGGAUGCAGAUGAUGAGUUGCUCAAGAAGCAGUACCGUAAGCUGGCACUACAGGUGCACCCCGACAAAAACAAGGCUCCUGGAGCAGGAGAUGCCUUUAAGGCGAUUGGAAAUGCCUAUGCUGUGCUCAGUGACCCUGAGAAGCGGAAGCUGUACGACAUGAAUGGCAACCGACCACCUCAGCAGCAGAGCUAUACUGGUGACAGCUAUGACUACAGCCGGGGCUUUGAAGGAGACAUAUCUCCAGAGGAGCUUUUCAACAUGUUCUUCGGAAAUGCCUUUUCAAGCAAUGUCUAUGUAAGAAGAGGUCCACGAUUUCAGCAUCAGAGGCAGCAGCAUGGUCAUGCAUCAGCAGAGGCACAUGCAGAUAGCAGUUACAGUGUGCUACUGCAGAUGAUGCCCAUCAUAGUGUUGGUGGGAAUGUCUCUCAUGUCCAGCUUCCUUGUCCAGGACCCCCCUUACAGCCUCGUCAGAACAGCGAAACACCAGUACGAGCGAAAAACUAUGAAUUUGCAACUGUCUUACUACGUGAAAGAGAACUUCAUGGCAGAGCACAAGAGCAACAUCUACCGAAUAGAGAUGGACGUGGAAGCUGACCACAUAGCGAAUCUACGGAGCUCCUGUUUCCGGGAGAAGAACUACAAAGAGAGCCUGCUUUGGCGAGCCAAGAGCCUACGAGAUGCCAGCUUGGAGGAGCGGGCUCUGGACUACCAGAUGCCAUCAUGUGACCGGCUGGCCCAAUUGUCACGCAUGCGUGUCUGACCCUGCUGCAGUGGAUGCACUCCUAAGCCAGGUCCUCCCUGUGUUGGCCCCCGGGAAUACACAGAAGCAGUCGCCACGAUUCUGUUAUGUCACCUUACAUCUCCAGCUGUUCCUUUUCCUCCUACACGCUUGUUUGUGUACAUACAGAGAUUGUCUUGUCUUUUGUUUCUGUUUCAUUGCCUUUUUAUCCCUGCUGGAUGUGCGGCAAGGGUUCAUGGAGUUUGAGGGGACUGCUGGCUGUACAUUACUAUACAUAAAUAGUGAAAUUGAUUAUGGUGAAAGUAUUGCAAGAGAACUUUUGUGAAUAUGUUAAGUUUGGGAUUGCCUGCAUCUUUUCUGUGAUUCUCUUGCCGUCAGCUGGCACACAGUGCAAAGGGCAAUCUGUCUCUGUAGCUGGAGCCUUGUGUAAGUCUUCUGUCCAGGUGCAUACUUUGUUCGCUGCACCGAGAGCGCUGUGCAGGCUUGUGUACAUUGACAACUACGUCAAGGUUUUUAUCUUGUAACCUAUUUGGUGAUGGUUUUCAAAUGUAGCACAGUUGAUCAGGUCGAUUGUUGCUAAUUUUAUAUGGUGCACGAUCGGUGUGUGCAUUGAGUGAUCUGUGCUACCCUUGUCAAUAAGGCAUUUGACUUUGGUCUCAAGGGCACACUGUCAGUUAGUAUGAGGAGAACAUGAGAUUGCUUAGCAGGACAUUCAAUAGAUCUCGUGUUUCAUCAUUGACUGUGCAGCUGCCAUAGCUUACAGGCAUGAAAGUAGUGUGUUGCUGCAGCCUUGCAGUUCUUGAUGCCUAUCAUUUUGACCAUUUUUUUCUUCCUCCCUUCUUUUUCUAUGGAGAACUUUCUUGCCUAUUUGAGCAUUUAAGUAUACUUUUCUUCCUUUUUAAAAAAAAUUGAAGGGGAAAGCUGGUAAAGAGCAGUUGUUCUAGUGUUUUCAAUGUGUUGAUUUUAGAUGUGAUGUAGUAGCAGUUGCUCUCACCACACUUUCAGACAUGCUGGGUGCCACUGUAGAUCUGCACCACUUGCAGUGUAUUUUUAGUGUGUGCAACAUAGCCAAGUGCAGUGCUGGGGCGUCGCAUGGAAGGGCUCAACGACACAAGGCGUGACUGCUUCAACCACACCCUGUGCUGGCUUGACCGUGUGUGGAAAACAGUGGUGUGUGUGCAUGGUUGUGGGGAGGGCACCGGUGAGGAUCAGGAGGGUACAACUUUGCAUCUCAUGAUAAUGAAGAGCAGAUAUGGCAUUGUCAGUGAGCAGAAUUGCGUGCCUGCAAUGUCCCACAACAUUGACGUGGUAUUAUCUGGAGACUGCCGUCUCGUCCUUUUUAUGUGCAGUUGGAAUGUUCAAUCUGCUUGUGGAUGCAAUUGCAUGCAGCCUUUUGUACUGCAUUGUCGGAAGACAUAGCUUCUUAUCCUGCUAAGAAGGUGCACUGUUUAUAAAGUGUGCUGUUGUUGAGCUUGUGAAGAAUGCAUUGCGUGUAAAUAGAGGAAAUUUUGGAGUCAACUGCGAAAUAAGUUUAAGGCUGUAAAGACUGCAAAAGAGCCAUUUAUUUGCCUUUGGUUAGUUGCUCAUUGUCCUGACUUUUCUCUUUCCCAUUUUUGCUCCUUUUAUUGAUCAGGGAGUGGGGGCAAGUGGUCAGCACCGCACACUUUGCCAUGCGUUGAGUAGAUACUGACUCUAGUAUUUUUCUUUUUCGGCAGUUGAUGUGCAGCAUAAGCCCUGCUUUUUGUGGGAAAAAGAAGAUAGGUUGAGAGGAGUUAAGCAUGCGAGCACAUUUUUGAUCAAUAAACAUACGAAGAAGGUUUA